UCGAAGAGCGAGAAAGCAGGAAGACCAAUGAGAUCUUAAGGAGAGACCCAAUUGGAACUUUGGCUAUAAUCCGAAACCUUAGCGAAGAAGACAAGACAACGAACGAUUUACGUUUACCCGAGAAUCCAGGUACAUCUACGAGACGACGACGAUGAUGCGUUUCGCGGCUGCUUUCUUCGUCACUGUCUUCGUCGUCCUCGUCAGUGUCGUUCGCAGCGAGGAGUGCACAAGAACAUGUAUUGCACAGAAUUGUGACACUCUCUCUAUUCGAUAUGGGAAGUAUUGUGGGAUCGGACAUUUUGGUUGUCCUGGUGAGGAGCCUUGUGAUGAUCUUGAUGCUUGUUGUAUGGUCCAUGACAAUUGUGUUGAGUCAAAAGGUAUGACUAACAUAAGCUGCCAUAAGAAGUUCCAGCGAUGCGUAAGCAGGCUAAGCAAAGCGAUAAAACAGUCCAAGAACAAAAAAGUCGGGUUUUCAACAAAAUGCCCUUAUUCGGUAGUAAUACCUACAGUGAACCAAGGAAUGGAUAUCGGAAUCUUAUUUAGUCAGUUAGGCAAUGAUAUGAAAGUAGAGCUCUGAGUUUUGCUGCUCAGAUGAUAUGAUAUAUAUACUCUGGUCUUGAAGGCAUCACAUUGGUGUUGGAACUAUAGCUAAUUACCACAGAAAUUGUUUUACUGAUUUUGAUGACCUUAAUUUUGUGCAAGUCGCUGAUAGAUUUAGCUUAAAUUAAACACCAUUGGAUGAUUUAACAUGUAAAUCUUGGACACACAUGUGUCUAUCUACGCAAGUUUUGACCGGAAA